AGUGCUGAAUUCUUUGCUGACAUUGCCCUGGCUCCUAUGGAAGCUGCUAAGGUUCGAAUUCAAACCCAGCCAGGUUAUGCCAACACUUUGAGGGAUGCAGCUCCCAAAAUGUAUAAGGAAGAAGGCCUAAAAGCAUUCUACAAGGGGGUUGCUCCUCUCUGGAUGAGACAGAUACCAUACACCAUGAUGAAGUUCGCCUGCUUUGAACGUACUGUUGAAGCACUGUACAAGUUUGUGGUUCCUAAGCCCCGCAGUGAAUGUUCAAAGCCAGAGCAGCUGGUUGUAACAUUUGUAGCAGGUUACAUAGCUGGAGUCUUUUGUGCAAUUGUUUCUCACCCUGCUGAUUCUGUGGUAUCUGUGUUGAAUAAAGAAAAAGGUAGCAGUGCUUCUCUGGUCCUCAAGAGACUUGGAUUUAAAGGUGUAUGGAAGGGACUGUUUGCCCGUAUCAUCAUGAUUGGUACCCUGACUGCACUACAGUGGUUUAUCUAUGACUCCGUGAAGGUCUACUUCAGACUUCCUCGCCCUCCUCCACCCGAGAUGCCAGAGUCUCUGAAGAAG